GGACCGACACGCAGUGGGAAACGAGUUGCCUUUGGUGGACGAGAGUCAAGACUACGAACUCCUCUUCGCAUCAGAGGACGAAGCAGGGUUGACCCUAAGAUUUAAACGUCCCAUCGACACCUGCGAUGAAGAUGACUUCUACAUCACUAGUGACACGUGGAGCCUGAUCUAUGCAUAUGGGGAGACAGAUCCUGAGAUGGAAGAUCCCUUCUAUCACGGGCGGGACAAUCGCGGAGUGAAAUCUGUCAAUCUGCUUGAUCCACAGAUCGGGGAUAUACCAGAUGAGCCAGGCGUGAAAGAAUGGGAAUUGAGAAAUGACAUCAUCAUCCCUCCCAUCCAUACCACCUAUUGGUGCAGUGUAUUCAAAGCCCCUCCGGUCGACGUCAAGCAUCACAUCAUCGGGUACCAACCAUGGGUAACGGAAGGGAAUGAAGAGUACGUCCACCAUUUCGUCGUAACUACGUGCACGGAGAACGAGGACGAAACUGCUGGCUUCGAGCAGUUUUUGGAAGAUUAUCCCCAGGGUGCAUCUUGCUUCGAUCCCAACAUCAAUCUCCUCAUCAGCAACUGCCAGAGUGUCCUCAUGGCAUGGGCUGUCGGUGGAGUGGGAGAAAAUUAUCCAGAACAGACAGGUUUCCCCUUUAAACCAGCCUCGGAGGGUGCAACGUAUUUCCGAUUGGAGGUGCAUUACGACAACCCCAUGCUCGUCGACGGGAUCUACGACGAUUCCGGUCUCACGAUUUAUUACACGGAUAAUCUCCGGACCUACGACAUGGACACUGUGGUGUUUGGCCAUAAUGUCGUCUACACCCAGCUUGUCCCACCUGGAUUGAACAAUUUCAUGACUGUGGGGCACUGUUCUUCAGAAUGCACGGAGAAGUUUAUUCCUCCUGAGGGGAUUCACAUCUUCUCUGGGUUGCUGCACGCCCACCUUCUCGGGAGAAAGAUGAGAGCCCGAAUAUUCAGGGACGGAGAGGAACUUUCUUGGAUCCUCCACGACGAACACUACGCCUUCGACUACCAGCAGAGCCGCGUCCUCAGAGAGGAGUUUAUACUUCUUCCCGGUGAUCACAUGACCAUCGAAUGCGAGUUGUCUUCUUCGGAACAAGAGGACGUGACCGUUGGAGGGCUGAAAACACAAGACGAAAUGUGCGAACUUUUCGCCAUGUAUUACCCUCGAGUGGAAGGGAUGAACAUCUGCCUCACGAGCGUGGACUACCAAUACUUCCACUCCACAUUUGAACUUGGUGGGGUGCACAUGAACUGGCAAUCACUUGAAUGGGAACUGGACGAGACGAAUCAGACCAUUCAUGAGUACUUCAGAGGCUUCAAUUGGGAGAACUUCGACCUGGAAGCCUAUCAAGAAGCCGUUCGAUUCUAUCCUCAGCAAGGAAUUUGCGGACGAUCUUCCAACUUUUUGGAAGUGAAGGACGUGACAUUCCCAGAAUACGAGAGCGAAUACCAACCUCCGCCGAGACAGUGCCCCGUGGAGAGUCCCAACCACUGAAUUUUCAUUUUCGCUUCAUUGUGAAUGAAAAUACAUAGAAUCCUUUUCUCGGAAGGGCGAUUGUCAAUUCGGCGGUCAUUGUUUUCGAUGUCGUUCCGUUUCGAGACAGGUGCACUUCAGUUAGGCACAGACAGAUUGAACUAAGGACUGCGGAGAAACAACUCGUCCAACUCGUCUAACAGAUUUAAGCCACUUCCUUUUCCUUUUAGUCCUCAUGAAGUGCAAUUUAUUACCUGAACAACAAUCCAAUUCAUUUCAUUUACCC